AUGGAGAUGGAUGGGGUUUUGCCUGUCGACCCUGUUGCUGGCCUUCUUGCUGAUGAGCCACAGGCCAAUGUCAAAGACCCUGAUGUCGAUUGCUCCCACGAACCCCGGAAGACUCACCUCGAGUGCCCGAGCGCCGACCAAGACAAGCAUGAUGGUGCUCACUCUGACAAGAUUUCUGAGGGCCAGCUCACUGCGGUCCCGACUUCGUUCACUCCGGCCACCAUAAUGGCUCGUUUUUAUCUCAAAUAUGUCCCAGAAUCUGCAUCUGAUGAAGUCAAUGCAAAGUUUUAUGAAGGUGAAAAGUUCUGGAAUCGUGGCUGGGAUCUGUACCACUUGCCUGUCCCAAGGGAGAUCUUCCCCGGGCCUCUCCUGUUGAUCCCUACUCUGCAAGCGCAAGGCUUGCUCGAUGAAAUCAACUCGGCUUUGGACCUCCAGCUGACCUUGACGGGUCAGGGCAAGGAAGGCCUUGUGAUUGAAUUCAACGAGACCAUGGUGCAGCCGACGUUCCUUGGCCGAUGCAGCACCCCUGAGCAGAAGCAGCGCUAUGAGGGAAAGGUCUCUGGCUGUGGCUGGGGACUGGAGACCGUAGCCGAUGAGGCCUUGGAAGACCAAAUCAAGCAGUCCGCGGCUGCAAUAAAUCUUGUGCGCAAAAAGAAAAAGAUCAACCAUGCCCAUGAAGCCCGACGGAAGCAGUGGGAAGAGGGCUUGGGCCGUGUGCAAGCCCACUUUGGCCUGCGUCCUCCGUUGCAGCCAGGUCAUGAACAGCCGUCGUUUGCCAAUGGUCAAAUCGGACCGGUUGAUGUUCUGAGUGUGACUAAAUGGGACUUCCACGAUGCACCUAUUUUCAUCAGCAUUGACCUUGAGUGGAAAGAGACCAGCAUGGAUGUGCUGACUGAGGUUGGGAUUUCAACCCUGGAUAUGAUGGACCUGCAGGGUGUGCCUCCUGGCGUUGGCGGCGAGACCUGGAUAAAGCAAAUUCGCUCCCGCCACCUGCGUGUGAGCGAGUACCGCGACUGGGUCAAUCACAAAUACUCUCACGGUUGUCCUGAUCGGUUCGGAUUUGGCGAGAGCGAGAUGAUCCCCGCUGCAGACAUCGCAGAAGCCGUGGACGCUGCAUUCCAGCCCCCAUACAUGGCUUUCAAGGAGAACGAAAUCGUCUGCGGAUACAAGGAUCAGAAACGCACGGUAAUCCUCGUUGGUAUCGACCUUCAUAACGACUUAAAAGUCCUCAAGAAACACAACAGCGAAGUGUUCACUGAACUCGACACCCUGGAUAGUUCGUCGUCCGUAAUUCGUGAGGUCGUGGAUGUGGCACAGCUGUACUGUGUAGAGCACGGCAUCAGGGACAAACCAGGUCUUGCAACGAUGCUUCGAAGCCUGAAUCUGCCGACGUCUGACCUGCACAAUGCGGGCAAUGAUGCAAACUGCGCCCUGCGGGUUCUCGUGCGACUCAUGCUGCAAGUUGCUGGCGAGAAACUGGAUGUGGAGCCGAAGGACAAAGAUGAGUCCGCAACGCCAAAGGAUGUUGACGCCAAUCAGGCCAAGUAA